AUGGCUGUGCCGGCUCCAACAUUUACAGCAUCGGUUAGCUAUGAUGGUAUGGAUGACUGGGAUUCAGCACAGGAGGAAUCUGUUGAAUCGCUGUCUGAUUACCAAGAUAUUGAAGACUUCGAUUCUGAUGAAGGAGGCUGCCCGCGCGUGAGGAGUCGUCCAGGUGCAGACGAUUAUCGUCCGUCGUCCUCAAGUCUAGGAGUUUAUUUCAGCCCUGCCUCGUUCUCCAGUGAUGACUAUGAUGGAACUCUGUAUCGGGACAAUGUAGAUGUUGGAUGCACUUUGAAGCUCGUCCAAAAAGCAGCAAUGAAAGGCACUGACGAUGAUGAUUCUUCUAGCGAAUAUUAUGAUGAUUCGGAGUAUGAUGAGGAUGAGAUGUACACGGAGGCCGAAGAAGAGGAAUAUACGGGAGAAGACGAGGAAGUUGAGUAUGAGGAGGAGGAACUGGAAUGCAUGGAAGGAGAGGAGAAUGAACUCUGUGAUGAUGACAAGGUGCCCACUGCUGAAGAUGCUUCUCCUUCCGAACAGCAUUUGUGUUCCUCUGCUGAAACUGUAUGUAUGAAUUAG